AUGCGAAAUCACGUUACCUCACUCUCCAAGAGCAAAGCCGUCCGAAGAUACGUCAACCUCCUGUUACGCAUCCUGACGUUUGUCUUGAUAUUAUCAAUCUUGCUGCAGUUUAUUCUUGCCUACAUCGUUGCCAAAGAUCCAAGAAUAUUACCACCAGCGCUUCGAAGGGCGAAGAAUCUCUUGAUCGUGACGGCCCAUCCCGAUGAUGAGUGUCUGUUCUUCUCACCCGCUAUCCUUGGCGUCCUCGAUGGCAAUCCAGACACCACAGGAGGGCUUAUAGUGCUCUCUUCAGGAAACAACUAUGGAAUUGGAGAAAAGAGAAAAGUGGAGCUGAAAGGAUCCUGCCAAGCUUUGAGUAUCGAUUCAGGAAGGUGUCUAGCAUUGGAUAAACCAGAUCUUCAAGACAACCCGAAUGUCUGGUGGGAUGAGGCGGCGAUCACUGCUGUGGUCAAGGACUACGUGGCAAAGUGGAAGGUCGAUGUGAUCCUCACAUUCGACAGCGGCGGUGUGUCCGGCCAUAUUAAUCACAGGGCAGUGAGCACUGCUGUCAGUCACUACGCCGCUACAGAUCCCAAAGCUCCUCCGACAUAUACCCUUACAACAACCAGCCUCCCUCGCAAAUACACAUUCCUAUUGGACCUUCCCCUGACCUCACUGUCAUUCUCGUGGCGCAUCUUUAAAGCGCUCUUCACACCGGCAAAUGUUAUUGAUGACAGCUACCAGAGCAAAGCGCUCGUUGCGAGUACGUGGAACAUGUACUUCAAGACCCGGCGGGCUUUCGCCUCGCACGAAUCACAGUACGGGUGGGACCGCAACCUGUACAUGAUCGCCAGUCGAUACGUGUGGUUCAACGAUCUGCGCAGGGUGGAAAGGCGUCCCGCAUAA